AUGGAUGCCAAGUCUUAUGCCAUUUGUUUUAAACCUUCAAGCAGUGCUCUCAAGCGUUCCAAUACUACAAGAAAUUGGUACAGAGUAGCCAAGCUGGAGCAAUUGAAGACGAUUGGUAGGGAGCUCACCAAGGGCUCCCAAGGCGGAUUCUACCAAUCCAAAGAAUUUCUGGAUCUGGUGAAGUCCAUUGGCGAGGCUCGAUCCAAGGCCGAAGAGGACCGAAUUGUUCUCAGCGAGAUCGAGACUCUCAAACGCCGCAUCUCCGAGCCCGACAUACCCAAGCGCAAGAUGAAAGAGUACAUCAUCAGAUUGGUUUACGUCGAGAUGCUCGGUCACGAUGCUUCCUUCGGUUACAUUCACGCCGUUAAGAUGAUUCACGAUGAUAGCCUCCUCGUCAAACGGACCGGUUACUUGGCCGUUACGCUCUUCUUAAACGAAGAUCAUGAUUUGAUCAUUUUGAUUGUCAAUACCAUCCAGAAAGAUUUGAAGUCUGACAAUUACUUGGUGGUCUGCGCCGCCUUGAAUGCCGUUUGCAAGUUGAUCAAUGAGGAGACAAUUCCUGCCGUCUUGCCGCAGAUUGUGGAGUUGCUCGCACAUCCUAAGGAGGCUGUACGGAAGAAGGCCAUCAUGGCUCUCCAUCGGUUUUAUCAGAAAUCCCCUUCUUCUGUUUCGCAUCUCGUCUCCAAUUUUCGCAAGAGACUUUGUGAUAAUGAUCCUGGAGUUAUGGGUGCAACUCUUUGCCCACUUUUUGAUCUUAUAACAAAUGAUGUUAAUUCUUACAAAGAUUUGGUCAUCAGCUUUGUAAGCAUUCUUAAACAAGUUGCUGAACGCAGACUACCUAAGGCUUAUGAUUACCAUCAGAUGCCAGCUCCAUUUAUUCAGAUCAAAUUGUUGAAAAUUCUGGCAUUGCUUGGAAGCAGUGACAAGCAAGCAAGUGAAAACAUGUAUACCGUAGUGGGAGACAUAUUCAGAAAAUGUGAUUCAUCAAGUAAUAUAGGAAAUGCUGUACUCUAUGAGUGCAUAUGCUGUGUUUCCUCUAUAUAUCCCAAUCCCAAGUUAUUAGAGUCUGCAGCGGAUGCUAUAUCCAGAUUUUUAAAGAGUGACAGUCAUAACCUAAAAUACAUGGGCAUUGAUGCUCUUGGCCGAUUAAUAAAGAUAAGUCCAGAGAUUGCUGAGCAACAUCAGUUGGCUGUUAUUGAUUGCUUAGAGGACCCAGAUGAUACUCUGAAGAGAAAAACCUUUGAACUACUGUACAAAAUGACCAAGUCUACAAAUGUGGAGGUUAUUGUUGAUCGCAUGAUUGAUUACAUGAAUAGCAUCAAUGACAAUCAUUAUAAAACUGAAAUAGCAUCUCGAUGCGUUGAACUUGCGGAGCAAUUUGCACCGAGCAAUCAAUGGUUCAUUCAGACCAUGAAUAAAGUUUUUGAGCAUGCGGGAGAUCUAGUCAAUAUUAAGGUAGCGCACAAUUUGAUGCGGUUGAUUGCUGAGGGAUUUGGAGAGGAUGAUGAUACUGCAGACAGUCAACUGAGAUCAUCUGCUGUGGAGUCAUACUUGCACAUUCUUGGUGAACCAAAGCUGCCAUCCGUUUUUCUUCAAGUAAUUUGCUGGGUCUUAGGGGAAUAUGGAACAGCUGAUGGAAAGUACUCUGCUUCCUAUAUUACUGGGAAGUUAUGUGAUGUGGCAGAGGCAUAUUCGAAUGAUGAGACUGUUAAGGCAUAUGCAGUUACAGCCCUCAUGAAAAUAUAUGCAUUUGAAAUAGCAGCGGGGAGGAAAGUAGAUAUGCUGCCUGAGUGUCAUUCUUUAAUGGAAGAAUUUUUGGCUUCUCACUCGACAGAUUUACAGCAACGGGCCUAUGAAUUGCAAGCUGUGAUUGGCCUUGAUGCUCAUGCUGUUGAGAGUAUUCUGCCAUCAGAUGCAAGUUGUGAAGAUAUUGAGGUUGAUAAAGCCCUUUCCUUCCUUAAUGAUUAUAUCCAAGAGGCAAUUGAAAAAGGUGCUCAGCCCUAUAUUCCUGAGAGUGAACGCACUGGAAUGUUAAAUAUCAGCAAUUUUAGGAAUCAAGAUCACCAUGAAGCUUCGUCACAUGGUCUCAGGUUUGAGGCAUAUGAGCUUCCAAAGCAAACAGUGCAAGCGAGGAUUCCUCCUGCAUCACUUGCUUCAACUGAACUUGUUCCAGUGCCAGAGCCGAUGUAUCCUAGGGAAAGCUACCAGACAACUACUGUGCCAUCUGUAUCAUCAGAUGCAGCAUCAACAGAGCUCAAGCUACGACUAGAUGGAGUCCAAAAAAGGUGGGGUAGGCAAACACACUUUCCCUCAACAUCUACCUCAAAUUCCACAUCCCUGAAAACAGUUAAUGGUAUCACGCAAGUUGAUGGGUCAAAUACUGCAAAUUCAAGAACACGUGAAACCUAUGAUUCUAGGAAACAAGUUGAAAUAUCUCCAGAAAAGCAGAAACUGGCUGCUUCGCUGUUUGGAGGUCCAUCAAAAACAGAAAAGAAGUCGGCUACUGGUCAUAAGAGUUCAAAGCCAAGCAGCCACAUGGUGAAGUCUCAUGCGCCGAAGUCUAGUAUGGAAGUUGCUUCAGAAAAAACAUCUGUUCAACAACCUCCGGACUUGCUUGAUUUUGGAGAACCAACUGUCAAAAGUACUGCUCCUUCACUAGAUCCAUUUAAAGAUCUGGAGGGUCUUCUUGAGCCAACAACUCAAGUUUCUUCAGCAGUGAAUCAUAGUUCAACGGCUGCAGUUACGAAGUCCCCUGAUAUAAUGGGAUUGUACACAGAGACAACUGCUGGCGCACACCAUAAAGACAGUGAUAUUUUAUCUGGCUUGUCAAAUCCGCCAAUGACAAAUAUGGUUGGUGGCACUACAACCAUGCAAGUAGCUCAAAGUAGUAAGGGCCCCAACCUUAAAGAUUCAUUGGAAAAGGAUGCACUGGUUAGGCAGAUGGGUGUUACUCCAUCGAGUCAGAAUCCAAACUUGUUUAAAGAUAUACUCGGGUGAAAUAUAUUGGGAAGGAAGGAUUGACAUGACUUACAGCAAUGGGGUUUCAUUAUGGUUUUACUUCAUACAGCUAGCAACUGGGCAGUUGAUAGGUGAACCAUACGAGCAAUGAGGUAUCAUUAGCACAGAUAUGCAGAGAUUGUGGUAUUAAUUUGAUUCAGCCACCUCGAAUGGGGUUUAAGAGUCAGGUACGGGUCUGUAGUUGUUGGACAGUACAGAGUUUUCGUUUCUUUUUUUUGGAAUAUUAUUUCCUUUUUUCCAUUUUUGGGUCGUAGGCAAACAGCACAAGACAGCGGUGUUCUUUGUAGUGAAUUUGAGAUUUCGUGGCUGUUCCAACUGCAAGGCUUUUUUUAUAUGGCUGGCUCAAUCCGAAAAACGAAAACGGGUUUUUGUAUUGUAUGAUGUUGAGUCUUUGUUGUGAUGACAAAUAAUAAUGCUUCAAAGUGGUAUAAUAAGGGUGAGUUUGGUUGAA